AAAGAAAAAUAAAUUAAAAAAGUUCUUUGAAAAAAGCGUUUCGAGGAGCUAAGUAAAAGAAAAAUCAACAAAAGCCGCUACUGCACGGACGGUGUAAUUAAAACUAUACGUGUUUUUCACUUCAGUCUUUGUAUAGAGUGUUUAUAUAAAAGUGAAGAGUGUUGAUACACGAUUCAGAAAGUUUUUUAAUUUUAAAUUACUAGUUGUAAUAGAUUUUUUUCUCAAGUACAUAAAAACAGCCAAAAUUGUGGAAAAGCAGGAGAAAACCCCCAAGCGGAAGAAGAAGGCUGCAGCCAGUAAAAUGUCUGCAGUCUAUUCGCCGCAACCAGCGCCGCAGCAGCAAGCAGCUGGGCAACCACCUCCGGCGGGAAUGCUGCAACCGCCUCAGCCGUCAACACCAAAUGCGCUGCAGCAGCAACAACAACAAGUAGGAGUUCCUGGUGGUGGCAUGAUAGGCCCAGGAGGUGGGGGUGGAAUGGGAAUGAAUAGCCCCGGUGGCGGUCCUCCAAUGCAACGCGGUCCGCCUAUAGGUGUGAUGGGUGGACCAGGCGGUGGUCCUGGCGGUAUGAUGGGAGGUCCACCACCAGGUCAGCAACGAGGCGGUGUACCACCUCCGCCUAGCCCGGCUCACAUUCAAAAAAUCCUUGAUGAGAAUUGUGGCAUCAUUCAAACUAUUCAGGAUUUUCAAAAUAUGGGAAAAUCGCAAGAAUGCAUGACUUAUCAUAUGGCGCUGCAUAGGAAUCUCGUAUACUUGGCUCAAUUAGCUGAUCCUACAAUGAAUAUUAAUCAGAUUUUGCCACCGCCACAUAUUCUGCAAGCUCAAGCUAAUCAACAAGGUCCCCAUGGUAUGAUGGGACCAGGAGGUCCUCCACCUCCUCAGCAACAGCAACCUGGUGGACCACCGGGAAGUCAGUCUCAAAUGGGUGGUCCUGGCGCGGGUGGUAUGCCACCAAUGCAACACGAAAGCUCUGGCCAAUCACCAGCUGGGGCCCAAAUGCUUUCAUACGGUGGUCAAGUUCCACAACAUCCCGGCAUGCCACCUAACGGUGGAGGAGCACCACAAGGUCCUACUGGAGGCCAGCAACAGUCUGGAGCUCAACAACCUCCUCCACCGCAACAGCAACAAAAUACUUAUAGAGGCGGUCCUCAAGCUCCCGGGCCUCAACAAACUUCUUUGAGUGGUCCUCAACAACCACCACCGCCACCCAAUACUAACACAAGUGGAAAUCAGCAACGACCUAACAGUGGUCCAGGUGUACAAGCUGGGCAAGCACCACCACAACAGCAACAGCAACAACAACCUCCUACACAGCAGGGCCCGCAACAACCACCAACCCAACAGCAGGGCCCACCGCCUCCCCAAAGCCAAUACAGAGGAGGCUACCAACCACAACAGCAGCAACAUACACACUACCCUGGCUAUCCACCACAACAACAGCCGCAAUAUCCUCCUCAAGGUGGUUAUCCAUACGGUCCCCCAGCACAGGGUUAUGGACCACCGCCACCAAGCGCCCAAAGCGGGUAUCAUGGCCAUAGUGGUAUGCCGCCCGCUUCUGCAGCAAGUGGAUCGCCUGGUCAACAUCCAUAUGCAAGCGGCAGUGCUCAGCAAGCGCCUCCAGGAACUUAUGUUCCGCCACCACCAAGUCAGCAGGUAGCACCUGGGCAACAACCGGCUCCCGGCCAAAUGUAUGGCCCUCCGACUGGCGGGCAGGGGCCGCCGCCACCUAACCAAUAUGGUCCGCCACAAAAUACUAGUGGGGGACCUCCACCGCCGAUGGGUUAUGGAGGAUACGGAGCUCCCCCACCUAAUAACUAUGGACAAGGUAGUAAUGCGCCACCUGGAAAUUAUGGUCCGCCACCAAGUAGUGGGGCGCAAUCUCCAUAUCAACCAUAUCAACAACCUGGUUCAGGGCCACAGGGUUAUCCUGGUCAGGUUCCGCCGCCGCCUCAAUCUGGACAGGCGCCAAAUAAUGUACAAGCUGGUUCAGGUCCUCCUCCUGGCAGCAGCUACAGUUCUUCACCAAGUCCAGGGCAAACGCCUCCGCCUAACCAGCAACCACCGUCAAGUGGGGCGAAUGGACCGCAAGGACCACCUCCUCCAGUUAGCAUUCAAUCUAGUGCACCACCACCGACGAGCUCAUCAGUGACAGUAACCACGACAAAUACUUCUCAACCUCCACCACCGCCUAAUCAGCAAGCUCCGCCACCUGGGCAGGCACAGACUCAGCAACAGCCACAACCAGGGCAAGCACCGCAAGCGUAUCCAACUGUGUCGAGUGGCGGGGCACCACCCACGGGUCCCCCACAUGGUCCACAACCAACCUAUUCAUCACCACCUACUAGUGUUAGUGCAUCGUCUUCGCCCUAUGGACAGCAGAAUACUGCAGGCAUAGGGCCCCCAAAUACUACGGCACCGCCAUCUAAUGGCACUCCUGUUGCCGGUCCGCCGCCGCCUAUGGCACCUAACCAAUACCAAGCGCCACCAGGUAGCCAGCCGCCUUACGGGGCACCACCUCCGCCACAAGGCUAUGGACCGCCUGGUGCCGGUUAUCCCGGACAUGGUUACCAUCAGCCACAAUCUGGCUAUGACCCCAUGCCCCCACAAGGUCAAUAUCCACCACCAUCGCCUCAAGGCUAUCAAGGUUAUCGGCCAACUGGCGGUCAACAAAUGCCACCUCCUGGUGCACCACCGCAAGGCCCACCUCCCGGCGCUUAUAGCUACUACAGCAAUCAGCCACCACAAUAAAUUUCCUACCACAAAAGUGAGAAAUUAAUAGAUGUUUUGCUAUAGUUUUAUAUAAAUUAAGUUGAUUGCAGCAUUAUGUUAAGCAAAAAUUAAUACAUAGACGAAAGAAGGCUAUAUUUACGG